AUGGAACAAGUUGUUAUUGAUGGAUUGCAGCAUCUCCAACUUACUAAAGAGGAAGAAGAAGAAAUCUCCAUAUCAACCGCUAGCAGCUCAAACCUCUUAGAAGAGUUCAAGCUAAGUCUGUUUGGCCGGCUUCUAGCUGACAGAAACCAAAACAUGAGAGCUUUUAAAUCAACUCUUAGAUCAGUUUGGAAGAUGGGUUCGGAUUUACGGAUCGUUGAUGUAGGAAAAAAUAUUUUUCAGUUCAAAUUUAGCUUAAGUUAUCAACUAGAAUGGGUUGAGAGAAAUGGUCCCUGGAAUUUCGACAAUAACCUCCUGCUCCUUUGCAGAUGGAGGAAAGGUUUAUCAGUAACAAACAUCUCUUUCACUCACUCUCCUCUCUGGAUCCAAGUUUGGGGUCUUCCAUUUGAAAGUAUGACAGAGGAAGUUGGAAAGGAUCUUGGCAGCAAGUUGGGCAAAUAUAUUGAAUAA